UAGUGAGGUGUACGUACAUGAGCAAUUGAGCGCGCUGCAUCUCGACUCUUCUUCUCCACGUCUAUAAACGCCACCCGAGACGUAACCCAAGGCGCUCCCAAUCAACGACAAGAUGGGUACCAGCACCGCUACAAAGAACUCUUCCUUGCUGCUUUUCUUGGUGCUGCUCUCUUGCUUCCGGUGCCACUUCGCCGCCCACCAUGGCCAGAAGCACACUCAGCCAACACCAUCCACCGCGGUCAUCGUCGGCUCCGUUCACUCCGGCUCAGAGCCAAGGAACGCCGUCUCAGGCACCCUGGUCGCCGUCCGUUGCCACGACGGGAACGGCCGGACGGUCUUCCGGAAGCAAGCCGUCACCGACCGCCACGGCAGGUUCCGUGUCCACCUAGCACCGGAGCCAAGCGGCCGGCUCGGCUCCGUGACGUCCUGCUCGGUGCAGCUCCCACAGCCGUCGAAUGCAGCGCCGUGCGCUGCCGCCCCGACCUCUCGUGGGCUCCAUCUCAUCGCCCCGAAGCACCACGGUGGCGCCCACGUCUUCUCCGCCGGUAAAUUCGCCGUCCGUCCGGAGCUCUGCAGCCAGAAGGGCCUCUUCUUUCCGCCGAUCCCUCUCGUGCCGGAGCCGCCGAACAUCGGCGGCGUGCCGAUUCCACCGAACCCAAUCACGCCAGCCCCGCCAUCUCUUGUGCCACCGAUCCUUCCCACCCCGUCUCCACCGUCCAUCCUGCCACCGCUUGUACCACAGCCGCCGCCAUCAUCCAUAUUGCCGCCUCUUCUGCCGCCGUUGCUUAACCCCCCACCACCGCCGCCCCCGCCGCGUCUUCUCCCUCCACUGCCGUUGCUCCCUCCACUGGUUCCUGGCGUACCGCCGGCUUCCGCUUCAAAGAACCGCCGGCCGGGGAAUCCCUAAGCAAGACGUUGAUUUUAUUGCCCAUAGAUAUACACGUCCCAUCCCCGAGUUGGUUAGGUUGCCGCAGUGUGUCAGUACUCUGUAACUCUAUGCACCAUGGUUUGGCGUCACGUUCAGAUCGAAGUAUUUGCUGUGUAUUACAUUGAAAUAUGAUGUAACAAGGUGCGUGUAUUUAACUUUCCUGCUCAGUAAUAUGUGUAAAAACGAUCUAAACAAAUGAAAUGUUUAUCUUCUACU